AUGGAUCCUCUCCGCGACCUCUUCUUCCAGAGGGAUGCCACAAGACGGUCCAUCAUCGCCUCAUACUGGCUCGUAAUUAUCCUCGCUCUGCCUUUGUGGUGGCACACUACCACAAUCCAUCGACUUUCAUUACCCUCGUCUCGUGUCGAGGCUAUCGCACAUAACGAGCUUCUCAUUCCAAUCAACAUAUGUCUCGUAACAAACGACCAUACAUUACCCGAAAAGCUUCACUACCACUUGGGCAGGACCACUGACUAUUGGAAGGCCCUUGACGUACAUGUAUUCGGAGAUUCGGAUUGUUCUAGUCUUGGAGAGGGUGUCUACCGCGUUGCACCUGGUUUUGGAUUACCAGAGCUACACGGCAGGACGUUGUUGUUUCCGUAUCAAGACGAAGAAACCUUACCCGCCCUCGCCGACGCCCUGUCAUCUCUUCUCGUACCCUAUUCGUCCCUCCCCGAUCGAGAACACCGUGUUGCCCAAUAUUCACCGCGCUAUCGUCUAGCCUUCAGUCUCUUGAAUGAAGACGCGUCGGCGGGUCACGCUAUACUGAAUUGGGAUGCCAAAACUGCUAUCCACCGUCACAUAACUCCAAUACUUCGAAGUCUCUCCAUGUUCCAUAAUUUCACCGUCGAAAGCCAAGUCCAAUAUUAUGCACCCUUGGCUUUUUCACCUCAGUUGCUAGAAGAUGGCUCGUAUGGCCUGACGCAUGAAAAUUUGACGGUAUUUAUCAACUCGGCAGAAUGGACGCUGUCCUCGAGCGCGUCUAAUGAUCCAGUUCUGCACUUUAUCCUCUUCGUCCCAUCAGCGGAUCGCAAGCCAUUGAGAAUCUUAGAUGCAGACGGAAACCCUUCUACAUCCAACUCCUUCCUCCUCCCUCAAUGGGGCGGUAUAGUACUCCACAACUCUUCCAGCUUCGAUGAAUCGAAUGACGCGCCAAUUCUCCAAACCUCGUUUUCAGCAUUCUCCCAUCAGCUCCUUUCGCUCUUAGGAAUUCCACAAUUACCAAUAGGAAUCCGCGAUACUGCUUCAGGUUCAUCGAUUCGCGAAUGGCAACUGGACGCUCUCCUGCGCAGGCGGACAUUGGAAAAUGCAAAGGGGAGCCAAGACACUUUGAAGAGCAUCAUAAAGCUCGUUGAUCAAAUUGAGAAUAUGCCAGUGGGGGAGGAUGUUAAAGGCGAUGUGGAAGAUGCGUUGGAGGAAUUGACGAAGAUGUACGAAUCCGCCACCUCUUCGCUCCAACAAACAUUCCGCCACUCAGCUUUAGCCCUUGGGCUGGCGUCUCGCGCAUUCUUCAAUCCUGGUAUGUUAGCGCUGCUUUAUUUUCCCGCGGAACACAAGUACGCAGUAUAUACCCCGUUAUUUGCGAGCGCUGUCAUUCCGUUAUUCGUGGCUGCCUUAAGGGAGUUGAAAGCUUGGAGGCUUCAACGCAAGGCGGCGGCGGCGGCGGGAGUCCAGAAUUAA